AUGCAAACGCCCCGGCGGGUCACUGUUACCGAAGGUGGCUUGGUGCAACUGAACUGUUCCUUCUGCUGGAAGUUAACACAAAAAGGAGAAAAACCACUUUAUACUAUCGAUUGGUACAAAGACGAGGAAAGUGCUUUACUUUGCAACAAAAGCGCAGCAUACAAUGGCCGCCUUCUGAAAAGUUAUUCUGAAGGCUUUCCGUGGGAAUGGGCGUCCAUAACCAUCCAUGAUCUGAAACUAAAUGAAAGCGGGAAAUAUUACUGCAGAAUUCAGAUUUCCAACGCUGAAACUGCUUUUGGAACCGGGACAGAAAUCACAGUGAAAUGGCACGAGGACUCCAUUCAGAAGAAUGUCUAUCUUCCUGGGUUUUUCGCCUUGCCUGCUGUACUCCUCACGUUGGCGCUUGCUGUGAUCAUUUAUAUUCUGCGCCGCUGUCGAUCUCCAGAUAAAAGAUCUGGAAGUCAAGUCGUCAGUAGGGAAGUGGUCAAGUCGCAGGCUGAACUUCACACUCACCUGAACAGCCUUCCUCCACCGGAUCAGAUUGAUCAUAAAUCAGUCAAGCCUGGAAUACGGCACAAAGCGCCAGGCGUGACGGGUUCCGUAUCUCUCGCGGAAAGCGAUGAAGGUGGGGUUGUAUACUCCCAACUUCGGUUUCAGGAUCAUUGUGAGGAACACCUUCCAUCAAAGCCAGCGAAGUCGCCAGGAAUGAAAGAAGAGUAUGUCGUGUAUGGGGCCGUCAGUGUGCGGCAGUUGUAAUGUAUUAAUUUCCAAACGCAAGAAGGGCUUCCAGU